AUAAAAACCCAGAUCCCGUGGUCGGCAGCAAGCCAGUCGUGAAAAAGUGUUUGAACAGCUAGCAUCGUUCAAGCGAGGGGUUUAAGUGGUGCUGUAACUAACUCGAACUUCCGGUCAAUUAACGGAAUCAUCAUGCUGGAACCGCUGGAUGCGAUCAUCACCGUGGCGAUGAUCUGCUUGGGGCUGUACUUUUACAUGGAAAAGUACUCGUACUGGAAGGAUAGAGAUGUGCCGUACUUGAAGCCGGAGUUCUUCUAUGGGAACUCGAGGACGAUGACCCGGACGGAGCAAACGGGUCAGAUGUUCGCGCGGUUUUACGAGGAAUUGAAAGGGGAAGACCAUCCGUUUGGUGGGGCGUUUGUCUUUACGAGGCCGAUCGCGAUCGUGACCGAUCUGGAGCUGGCCAAGUGCGUAUUUGCGAAGGACUUCCAGUACUUCCACGAUCGUGGGACGUAUUACAACGAGAAGUACGACCCGCUGUCGGCGCACAUGUUCAACCUGUCCGGACCCAAGUGGAAGAAUCUGAGGCAUAAGUUGUCACCGACGUUUACGUCGGGCAAGAUGAAGAUGAUGUUCUCGACGAUCAUUGCGGCGGGGAAGCAGUUCCGGGACUUUUUGGACGAGAAAGUUAGUCAUGAGAGUGAGUUUGAGCUGAAGGACUUGUUGGCGAGGUACACGACCGAUGUGAUUGGGAUUUGUGCGUUUGGACUUGAGUGUAACUCGAUGCGGGAUCCGGAUGCGCAGUUCAGGGUUAUUGGAAGGAAGAUCUUCGGGAAUCCUCGAGGAAUGGUCAAGGGAUUUUUGAUUGCGACGAUGCCACGGUUUGCACAGUUCAUUGGGGUAAAGGAGAUUCUGCCGGAAGUGUCCGAGUUCUUUUUCAAAGUGGUGCGUGAAACGGUGGACUACCGGGUGAAGAAUAAUGUUAAGAGGAACGACUUUAUGGAUUUGCUGAUCCAGAUGAGGAAUCCGGAUGAGAGCAAGAGUGACGAUGGAUUGCUGUCCUUCAACGAGAUCGCAGCGCAAGCGUUUGUGUUCUACUUGGCUGGGUUCGAGACUAGCUCUACGCUGCUAACGUGGACUCUGUACGAGUUGGCUCUGAAUCAGGACAUCCAGGAGAAGGGACGUCAACACGUGAGAGAAGUCUUGUCCAAGUACAACCGAGAGAUUACUUACGAAUCAGUUACCGCGAUGAAGUACCUGGAUCAAAUUUUGCAAGAAUCUCUCCGCAAAUAUCCCCCAGUCCCUAUCCAUUUCCGCGAGGUGGCCAAGGACUACCAGGUGCCGGAAACCAAGACGGUCCUCACAGCCGGUACCCGCGUGUUCAUCCCGGUGCUCGGAAUCCACCACGAUCCGGACAUCUUCCCCGACCCGGAACGCUUCGAUCCAGACCGAUUCUCGCCGGAGCAGGAAGCCAAACGCAAUCCGUUCGCGUGGACUCCGUUCGGCGAGGGACCUCGAAUCUGUAUUGGGAUGAGAUUCGGAAUGAUGCAGGCCCGCAUUGCACUGGGUUAUCUGCUGCACAGUUUUAAGUUUUCAAUCGGGAAAAAGUGCCAGGUGCCGCUGCAGAUGGACGAGAAGAGCUUUGUGUUGUCGCCGAAGGGGGGACUUUGGUUGAAGGUUGAGAAGAUUUAAUGUUUUUCUUAUGUUUUGCCAUAUUGAGGCUUUUUUACAAUACAAGAAUUCUCUAAUUUAUUUGAUAUUUGAUGAUAGUUUUGAAUAAGCUAAAUAUAUAUUUUAAUAUACAUUAUAAGCUGAAAUCUUUAGAUAAAUAUGGUAUUUUUGUAUACAUUUACUGUUAUAUUUAAUUUUGCUGUAAAAAAUUAACAAAAAGAGUUGAAGUGUAUUCAGAUACUUUCUAUACCCAAGUAACAAUUUUAGUUUUGUAAUAGUUUCAAAGAGAUUCUGUAGAGCUCCCAAGUAAAUUUCAUCGAAAUGCCAUUUAGUCCUACAUGCUGAGUUAAAAACGAGUUAAAUCAACAUUAAAACCAAAAUGGACUAUUUUAGGAGGUUGUCCAGAGUAUUAUUGAGGAGCAUCGUGAGACGUACAAAUUUUAUUGUGUGUUUUAUUAAAACUUUAUUGAUCUCUUCAAAACAAGAGCAAAACUGUUUGGUUUGGAUUAAGGUUUUCUUGUAGUCUGUGCGCAUUCUUGAAUCCUCCAACAAAACAUAAAGCAUUUAUGUUUUGGUAUUUGUAGCAAACCAAAAAGCCUUCGUGAUAGACUGAGUAGUUUUCUAAUUUACUUGAUUGAAAGCAAUUAUUCCUACAUGCAAAUACAAAUGGCUGAAAGCAGAUAAAAGUUAUUUGACUUCAAAUUAAUAUUAUUUGUAUUAGUAACACAAAUGAGUUGAGUUUCAACAUAAAAUUAACCGUGAUAGUUAUGCCAACAUAAUUUCAUCGAACAAUUUUCAAAGAUAGCUCGAAAAACUAAUAUGCGCACUUUCGAUUCACUAUAAAAAGUCAAGAUUUUUUCAAAAAACAAUGUUUUUGCAUAUUGUUGCUCCCAAAUUCAAUAUGGCUACGCUUUUCGGCUGCUGGCACCUUCCAGCAACAUGGCGAAGUUGAUUAAAUAUAAAUGUUCUUGUUUAAAUCUACAUUAAAUCCAUUCCUUCUUGAACAGGAGUGGCUCAAAACUUGCCAAGACUUACACGAUUUAUAAAAGUUUUACAAUGGCUUUAAUCAGAUCCAACAAAAUUUAUCAUGGCUUUCAUCAAGAUCAAAUCGCACAAGGCGAGGACGUAGCGCAUGCGUGUUUUCUCAGCUGCAAAAAGAUCGCCAUCGGUGGUGGACAACUUGAAUUUCAAAAUAACUGCAUAAUAAAACACAGGCUUGCAUUUCAACGGUAUUUAUUUAUUCGAAUAACUCAUCCAAAAUUAAACACACAUCUGGUCACUUGAUAAAAAACAAAUCACAACUUUUUUCAUGUAGGUUGAUGAACGCUGUUCAAAAUCACUUUCACAUUGUAAUCACCGCAAACUUUUACCAAAUUGUGUGUACUUGUAUCUUUAUCUCACCAGCACAAUAGACAGAAUAUAAAAAAUAGUAAUGGUAAUAGAUUUAAACAGUUAAUUUUAGAAAAAAAGGGAACACUUCCAAAGGGCACCAAUCAAUCUUUGAGCGGAACUGUCAAUGAUUAUGCGUAGGAAUACAUACAAUAAAUCUGAUGGGUUUUAUUCCAGAUAAA